ACAAGGAAACCAAAAAAAAUGUGUUCCAUUAAUGCUGAAAAUUCAGACAAACCUCAUGCAGUUUGCUUACCAUACCCUGCUCAAGGCCACAUUAGCCCAAUGCUAAAAUUGGCCAAAAUCCUCAAUCACAAAGGCUUUCAUAUCACCUUUGUCAACACUGAACACAACCAUAAGCGUCUCCUUAAGUCUCGAGGCCCCCAUAGCCUCAAUGGUUUGCCAUCUUUUCGAUUCGAGACCAUUCCUGAUGGCCUCCCACCAUGCGACCCUGAUGCCACUCAAGACAUUUCUUCUCUUUGUAAAUCUACAACCACUACAUGUUUAGGUCCUUUCAAAGAGUUACUUGCAAAGCUCAAAAAUACUAACGUACCACGUGUAUCGUGCAUCGUGUCUGAUGGUUCAAUGAGCUUCACUCUCUCUGCUGCUCAAGAUUUGGGUAUUCCUCAAGUUCUCUUUUGGACUCCAAGUGCUUGUGGUUUAUUAUGUUACAUGUAUUACCGCGAUCUUGUUGAGAAAGGAUACACUCCACUUAAAGAUGAAAGUUACUUGACAAAUGGAUAUUUGGAUACAAGUUUGGAUUGGAUACCAGGCAUGAAAGGAGUACGUUUGAGGGAUCUUCCAAGUUUCCUAAGAACUACAAAUCCCGAAGAAUACAUGAUCAAGCUCAUCAUCCAAGAGACAGAGAGAUCAAAAAAUGCUUCUGCUAUCAUUAUCAAUACAUUCGAGACAUUGGAGGGAGAAGUUGUUGAAUCACUUCAAAAACUUCUUCCUCCAAUCUACGUCGUUGGUCCCUUGAAUCUUCUUAUGGAACAUGUUGUCGAUGAAAAGAACUUGGAGGGCUUGGGAUUGAAUCUAUGGAAAGAAGAAACCAAGUGUCUAGACUGGCUUGAUUCCAAGAAACCAAAUUCUGUUGUUUACGUUAAUUUUGGGAGCAUCACUGUCAUGACCGCGAACCAACUUAUUGAAUUUGCUUGGGGACUUGCCAAUAGUCAGAUGGAAUUUUUAUGGAUCAUAAGACCUGAUAUUGUAUCAGGGGAAAAAGAAAUUCUUCCAUCUGAAUUCGUGGAAGAAACUAAAGAAAGAGGGAUGUUAACAAGUUGGUGCCCGCAAGAACAAGUCCUUAGCCACCCUGCUAUUGGAGGGUUCUUGACUCACAGUGGAUGGAAUUCGACCCUUGAAAGUAUCGGCAAUGGUGUGCCAAUGAUCUGCUGGCCGUUUUUCGCAGAACAACAGACUAAUUGUUGGUUCAAAUGCACUCAAUGGGGAAUUGGAAUGGAAAUUGACAAUAAUGUGAAAAGGGAUGAAGUUGAAAGUCUUGUGAGAGAGUUAAUGGUUGGUGAGAAAGGCAAAGAUAUGAAGAAAAAGGCAAUGGAAUGGAAGAAAUUGGCUGAAGAAGCUGCUGCAAAAACAACAGGAUCAUCUUAUGUGAACAUAGACAAAUUGAUCAACCAAAUUCUACUCUCCGAAACCACUAGGCAAAAGUAUUACUAA